CAUGGUACGCGGUGUAAGCCAACACAGAAUUUUAUCAUGGACCUUGGGCCGAUGAAGAUAUUGAUGUUUGCUUGUCGGUAAUUUAAGCAAUGUUGGUCGAAUCAAUUACUAAACGCCUUAGAUCGAAAUAUCAAAUUUCUACAUUUCUCACUACUAAACAUCAGGUUUCAGACGACGAUGACGACGAAGACGAAGAAAUCGAAGAAGACGAAGAGUACGAAGAAUACAUUCGAACUCACCCAGAACCAUGGCAACCACCAGCAUACCCCUAUCGCCGACUGGGCGAAUGCGAAGUUCGAUUGCUCCGAAUUGUACCAGGAACGGGUAUGAUUGAGUGUCUUCUCCAUCAAAUGCCUUUAGAAGAUGCAACCACCUUCUACCCUUUAUCCUAUGUAUGGGGCGACACAACCCACCAGGAGACCAUCAUGUUAGAGGGGCAACCUUUCCAGGUCUCAAAGAACUUAUAUAGCGCACUGCACCAAUUCAGGCAGCGGCCCCACGACAUUGGCCACCCGAGAGACUACUUCUGGAUCGAUGCUAUUUGUAUCAACCAGAAAGACGUUGCCGAGAGGUCUCGUCAGGUAUCACGAAUGAUGGACAUAUAUCAUGCUGGUCUUACUGUUGUGUGGCUCGGCCCUAUCCCUGAGCGGCCACCAGCCAGUCUUUUCAAAGUGCUUGUUUCGUCAAAACAAACCGGCCGACACCGGCUAUCACGAGAAAAAGCUGUCAAAUUGUUAUUCAAGAAGGCUGGCUCAAUGUGGGCGGACUGGGAUCCUAUUGAUGAGGAUGAAAACAUAACUUUCCAUGAAGAGUUCGGAGACCUAUUUGGUGACAUCUUGCAGGUGAUGAUAUGGCUUUUGUGUCGUCCAUGGUACACAAGAGUUUGGACCCUCCAAGAGGCUUGCUUGGAUUCUGUGCCAAGAUUCUUUGCUGGACGCCACAGCAUACAUUCAUCUGAUUUCGGUGAUCUAUUUGAUAUCUUUUCUCAGAUCGACAGUUCUCUGUAUCUCACUCCAGGGGGCAAGCGGAUGGCUAGCUUAAAAGCCAUUCGGACUUUUUACAACUCUAUCGGUACGGGUAGCGAUAAAGACCCACAAAAGUUGGAGCUCGCUGAGGUCCUGUGGGAGUUACUUGCUUUUGUGAAUAUAAAACAAGCAUCAGACCCUUUGGAUCAAAUAUAUGGGCUGCUAGGUCUGCUCAAGCAUGUAAAGAAUGAACAGCUGCCGAGGGAACUAACGCCGAAUUAUGAUCUACCAUAUGAGCAAGUAUAUUGGGAUUAUACUGUCUUUUUACUUCAAGGUGUUGGGAGAUUGGAACUACUUGGUUAUAUGGGCAGCAGGCUUCCAAAUGUCCCGUCCUGGGUUCCCGAUUUUCGGCGUUUAGCCUUAGGAGCUAGGAAGGGUCCGAAGCAAACCAUACAUAUAUCGGCUGACAAGCGGACACUGUACCUACAAGGCUAUGUGCUUGGAACCCGCCAUAGUUCUAUCGAUGGAUGCACCGCCGCCGAUAUAAUGCCACGAAAUAACGCAAUACCGCGUGCGCUAUCCAAACGUCUAAACGAAAUCGAAAAACACAUUAUCGAACCAUCGGCUAGACUCAGAGGGAUGGUUGUUCAAGAAGUAUUCGAGGAAGUCGUCAGAGAGACGACGAGAAUUAUUCGCGCGGACGGUCAUGAGUCGUUCUACCAAGUACACCGCCGGAUGAGCAUGACAACUGCGGGUAAAGUACCUUGGUAUAAAAGAAGGAAAUCAACACGCAAUACUCGUUUGAAAGAAGAAUCGAUAGCGGAUCAGUUUAGUUCUCCUUGGGUGCUCAUGGCCGACGGCACCAUUUUACGUCUGAUGAGGGAAGGUGUCGAAGUGAAAGCGGAUGACUUGGUGUGCAUAUUCAAGAGCGCACACGCUCCAUGUUUGAUUCGAGCGUCGGGAGAAAAUUACAUCUUUCUAGGUCGCUUUAAGGUAGAAAGCGGGCCUCUUAAACUGCAAGAUUUUGGUGACAAUUUCUGGACUGAUAAAGAGGUUCAGGAUAUAAACUUGAUUUAGAUUCUGGAUAUAAGAGUUGGAGGUACUGGUUCCUAUUACCUAUAUUUCCCUAUUUAUGAAGGUAUGAGAUGACGUGUUCCUGGAUUGUUGAAUGAAUAUAUGGUAAACGAGUACAAUAGAAUAUUAGAUUGGAAGUAGGGG